AUGAAUGUAUCAAACAAUUCCAGUGGCAUUGAUGAACAAGAAACGACCCUAAUUUCUCAAGAAGUGUUCUUUGAAUUCAACACCGCCUUGGCUCAGUCGUGGAUUCCGUUGGCUGUUAUCGGUAUCAUUCUCAAUGCCGUUAACAUUAUCGUGUUCGCAGAUGCAAGGAUACGGAACGCAACCAGUGUUUAUCUUGCAGCUAUAAGUGCCUGGCAGAUCGUUUUACUAGUAAGUGGUAUGAUAUCCAAAAUUCACCAAUUCAUUUAUGGAACGAUUGGACAGAGAAGUACUAAAUUUUUCUACUUUGCUGCAAUAUAUAUCAACAAUUUUGUGGUAGCGGCAGUCCAGCGCAUCAUCUUUUACUUGGUUUUCCUUGUAGCUCUAGAAAGAAUGCUUGCAAUUCAGAAUCCUAUGAAGAAACACUAUUUCCGAUGGUUAAAAGCUCCUGGAAAGUGCAUAUUGUUGGUGUUCUGCAUCACGUUUACUUUUCAUAUUUAUUCUCCGUUGAAGUACACCGUUUCUGACACGGUUGGUGAUGAUGGACGAACGAAAUAUGUUUUGGAAAGAACUAAUCACGAUCUAGACGUUCUGAUUAACUUUGGAUUUGCAGCAAAGAUAAUCUUUGUCUAUUGUCCACUACUCGGUAUCAUGUGUUGCAACAUUAUUUUGACAAUUUCAUUGAAUCGGAAACGCAAGAUUCGUCAACAGCUUCAAGAGGUUUUUGUUGGUCGAGAAGCCAGAGAUCGCCAAACCAACGUGGCAAUUUUGGUAUCGACGUUUGUAUUUUUCCUGUUCAACCUUCCAUCGACUACUAACGCUUUCAUUGGAGACGUGUUACCCAAUUAUAGCUACUUUUCCUCUAACCGGUAUACGUUGAUGUUUUUCCAAGGUGUUGGUAGUCUGUCAGCAUUAGUGAGCUGUUCAUCCGACUUUUUCACAUACAUCAUCAUCAGCCAAACAUAUCGCAACAUUUUCAUGAGCAAGUUUUUACCAUGUUUGAAGCCCAGAAUUGAAGUUCCAACCCAUCGCUAUGUCAGUGGAAAUCAAAAUUCAAGUUUCACUCAGUCGUCUUCUAUGUCCUCGUUGCCGGAACGAGUUUCUUCUAAUUAA